UCUUUCUCUCUCUCCCUCUCUCAACCUCAGGCCCUUCAUCACGCAAAACUUUUCCAACCACAGACUCUCCUCUUCAUCCCUCUGUGCGUCUCGCGAUAAAAAUAGAACAAUAUUAGCCUUUUCCAAAUGAGCUGUGACACAUGUGCCACCUCCCCAGCAUGCGUGAGUAUAUAACGUCGAGGAGUACUCUGCUGUCGGAGAGCAGGACAAUAAGUCCUAAAGAAAAAAAAAACCAGACAUAAAAGGAAAUCAUUCAGGAGAACAAAGUAGUUGUGUGAUUUAUUUUUAAUAUCCAGACCUGCGCCAGGAACAAUCCGCUUCUCUCCGCCUCCUUCUGCUCUCCUCCUCUGCCUUAUCCAGCACUUGCGACCAUCCAUGAGUGUGACCAACUCCUCUGCCUAUCGAUCGGAGCGCAGUUUCCACCAGACUUCGUCCUCGACCUCGUCCUCUUGCAACCCUUACAUGGAGAAGAGCCGGGGGCUUUUCGCCGAGGAUUUUGGAUCCUUCAUGAGGCCUGGGAGUGACGCCUUGGGAUUUUCCAGUGGGGCUGGAAAUAUCAAAACUAUUGACGAUUCGUAUCAGUUUACAGUUGACGUCCGAGACUUCUCUCCAGAGGAUGUGAUCGUAACAACAUCCAACAAUCAGAUAGAAGUCCGUGCGGAAAAGUUGGCCCAAGAUGGUUCAGUCAUGAACACUUUCACCCACAAGUGCCAACUCCCUGAAGAUGUGGACCCGACAUCGGUGACGUCGUCCCUGGGCCUUGAGGGGACUCUGACGGUCCGGGCGCGCAGACAGCCGGCUAAACAUGAGCUCGCACAGACCUUCCGCACUGAGAUCAAAAUCUAGAGACAGACCGACUUCCUCAGCACAAACUCACCACUUUUUGUGUUUUUAGAGUUAAUAAAUGUAACUUCAAUGGAUGAGGAUAUGAAUUGUCGUACGUAGACACAAAAACGUCAAAUUACCUGUUCCUACAUACAGGUUGGAAACAAAAGGAGCACGAACAUGAACUUGCAGGUACCAGGAGAAUACAUAACUUCACUGACUCACAAACAUAAUUCAACAGUUCUUUUAAUACUUAUUAUAUUAUUAUUAUUAUUAUUGUAUCCCUGCCACACAGGUACAUAUUUGCCUUUUGCUUCAGUGGCAUCAGAAGACAUGAGUCCAUGGAAAAUGAAUAUUGUAGCAGACACAAGUUUUUCAUAAGCUAAUCUGUCCAAACACUGCUAAAAAAGAGAGCCACAACUUUCACACACCAUGUAAAAACAUACAUACACAGCACAGUUACACACCUCAGCAUAACACAAAAAGUGAAACGGAUGUCAUGACCUAGUUUUUGAUUGCUUCAGCAACUAGUUCUCUGACCACUGGGGCACUCACAGCGCCUUCAAAUUUCAUAGGCAGAUGGUCAGUUGAUCCUUAAA